AUGGAUAGAAGAUUCCACAACUUGACCCUGGAGCAAGUCCAGACUCUGGACCAGGUGUUGACAGAGGUGAUCCCCAUCCACGGCCGAGGGAACUUCCCCACCCUGGAGGUGAGACCCAUGGACAUCAUCCAUGUAGUAAAGGACCGGCUGGUGGAGAGGGAGAUCAGGGUAAGGGACAUCCGCCUCAAUGGCUCCACCGCCAGCUAUGUGAUGGUCAGGGACAACGGCACGGGCUACAGAGACCUGGACAUCAUCUUUGGAGUGGAGCUGCCCAGACAGGAGGACUUCCAGGUUAUCAAGGAGGUGGUGCUGGGCAGCCUGCGUGACCUCCUUCCCCAUGGGGUCAACAGACGCAAGAUCACCUGCCUCACCAUGAAGGAGGCCUACGUACAGAAGAUGGUCAAGGUCUUCAAUGAGCACGACCGCUGGAGCCUAAUCUCACUGUCCAAUAACCGGGGUAAGACUGUGGGGCUCAGGUUCGUAAAUUCCCUGCGACGACAGUUUGAAUUCAGUGUGGACUCCUUCCAGAUUAUAUUGGACCAUAUGCUGGAGGCAUAUUGGGAGACUGAGAGGAGGCAAGAGGACAGGGUCAGCAUCACUGUGGUAGCAGAGUGCAUGUACGGUGACUUUGAGCAAGCCAUGGAUCACCUGCGCUUCCGACUCAUUGCCACCCAUAACCCAGAGGAGAUCAGAGGAGGUGGACUUCUGAAGUACAGUGACCUGCUCGUGAGGAACUUCAGGCCAGCCAGUGAGACAGAGAUCAAGUCCCUUGAGCGUUACAUGUGCUCCCGCUUCUUUAUUGACUUUCCUGACCUCAGCGAGCAGCAGCGCAAAAUCGAGGCCUACCUGCGCUGCCACUUUAUUGGCGAUGAGGAGACGGGCAAAUAUGACUUUCUGAUGACCCUGCGUCGGGUGAUAGAUGAUAGUACAGUGUGUUUGAUGGGACAUGAGCGGAGGCAGACACUCAAUAUGAUCACGGUCCUGGCUCUGAGGGUGCUGGGGGAACAGAAUGCCAUUCCCAAUACUGCCAACAUCACCUGCUUCUACCAGCCUGCACCUUACAUGGCUGACCCCAUAUUCAGCAGCUACUACAUUCCCCAGGCAGCACAACCCCCCCUCCUUUACCACACCUACCCUUUACAUGUCCACAUGCAGACCGGCCUGGUGUAG